AUGUUCAGCAACGAGUCGUUCAGUUCGAGCGUCUCCACUACGAGUUCAUCGUCUUCUACUCAUCAUUUUACUGUUGAAAAUGUGGUACAUUUUCCGAAUAAACCACGUUUAUCCAUUGAUGCCACAGCCCGUGCAUCGAACGCUAUUCGCCUUUCGCCUGGAUUUAUCGAAGCAGUAGCGACGUGUAGCAAAGAUGACGACGUGUCGAGACGAAUUCAUGAGGCAACACGACGGUAUAAUCACUUUGGAGCAGAAGUCUUCGAAAGGUUUCGUGAGGAACUUGGCGCUGGACCAAACACCUAUGAAAGACUUCGGCACAACUCGAUUAGGCGACGACUGACAAAGGUCGAUAGCAACGACGAUUCAGGCCGAGCUACGACUUCUUCUGAAGCCUCAUCCGUAUGCGAUUUCCCUGUCGACGAUGAACCUACCGCUUUUUUACCCUACCGUAGUCGACUGCCGUUUGGUUCUACACAAUCGGUAUUCGACCAAAAUGAUUUUUCAACGAUUUCCGCACGUUUGGAACAUAUCAAGCAGGAAUUCUUUGCCGGAACCGAUAAGCCCUAUGCCUCGAUGUCCGGAUUUCAAACUCCCACUACAGCUCUUGGGGCUGCCAUGCAAGACUUGAAUAUGAAAAGUGCAUUCGCUCCCGUGUCUCCUAAGACCCGCCUCAGUCAUCAUCGUGGACUACCUCAAAGAAGCGGCUACAGAAUUUCCGAUCUGCUCCAUGACGAUCCACUGUUCCGAAAAUCGGAAGAAUUCGCCACCACAGAAACAAAGGUUCAUCGAGUACCCAUCAAACUGGUGCAGGCCAACUCUACUCAAGGUAAUUUCGUUGAAACAUAUGCUAACCAUAAGUUGGCUGACUCAGAAUAUGACUCAUUCCUCCAAAAGGACAUUAAUAUUGACCAUGAGUUUUUCCUAAUGAAAAACCUGGACUUGACGGCAGCGGCAAACCGACUGCGAAGAGAUUUCGGCGCUCUAAGCGAACAAGAAGAAACGGUAGAAGCAGAAGAUCAGCUCAUGGACAGUCCGACUAGCCCUGAUGCGAAACAUGCCCGAACCAUGUCGUUCCCACUGACGAUCAACGUCGACACGCAAAGCGUUACGUCGGAUUUGCCCAGUUCGCUGUCAUCCUCCGUGAAUAGUUUCGUCUACCAAGGAGUCAAUCAAGAAGCGCUACGAAGCAGCUCAAGACGCUCAGUGCUCAUGGCUAAUGAAUGGACGCUAAAUGCUGAUUCAAAGAAACUUGUCGCUAACGAUAUGUAUGACAGAACACUCAUUUUUAAGGCCGCAUCUUGCAUGGCAGUGGUUCCGGAUGCAAGUGGCGUAGUCAAUCCGGAAAAGAUCCGCGAUCAAAUUAGCGCAGUGAAACGACAGUUGGACGUCUUUCAACAGCUGAUGGCCGAUGCCAAAGGCGAGCUUGAUUUGGCAAAAAUGGAGGAAGAAAGUCAGGAUUCUGCAGCAGUUGAUGAUAUGUGCGAACCGUCACCUUCCUCAUCCCAUACCGAUUCUGAAUCGCCACGGGAUCGUCGACUUCAUCACUGCACUCAUCCUCAUUGUGGGAAGGUCUACACUAAAAGCAGCCAUCUGAAAGCCCAUUACAGAACACAUACUGGUGAAAAACCGUACUCAUGUCCAUGGCCCGGUUGUGAAUGGCGGUUUGCACGUUCGGAUGAACUCACUCGUCACUACCGUAAACACACCGGAGAUCGGCCUUUCAAAUGUGCUCAAUGUUCGCGAGCCUUUUCACGUAGCGAUCACCUCAGUUUACAUAUGAAACGGCAUUUCUGA